UCCAUUUCUCCCCAGCUUAAUUUUCCUCACACACUCUUCCACUCUCCUCUCUUCUUUCAGAAAAAAGAUAAGCAACUUAGCAAGCAUCAAGGAAAAUGGAACUUCUUGGUUUUCUCAUCAUUGGCUGUCUUUCCAUUUCCUCGUUUGUUCAUGGAUAUGACGAGGGGUGGACUGAUGCUCAUGCUACUUUCUAUGGAGGUGGUGAUGCUUCCGGCACAAUGGGAGGGGCUUGUGGCUAUGGAAAUCUAUAUAGCCAAGGUUAUGGGACAAACACAGCUGCUCUGAGCACCGCAUUGUUCAACAAUGGACUGAGCUGUGGAGCUUGCUUUGAAAUCAAAUGUAUGAAUGACCCAAAAGCUUGCCUUCCUGGUUCCAUUAUUGUCACGGCUACCAACUUUUGCCCUCCUAACAAUGCACUCCCAAACAAUGAUGGAGGCUGGUGCAAUCCACCUCUGCAACAUUUUGACCUCUCUCAGCCUGUUUUCCAGCGUAUUGCUCAAUACAGAGCUGGAAUUGUCCCAGUCUCUUAUAGAAGGGUGCCAUGUGAAAGGAGGGGAGGCAUCAGAUUUACCAUCAAUGGCCAUUCUUACUUCAACCUGGUCCUAAUCACAAAUGUUGGAGGUGCUGGUGAUGUCCAUGCCGUUUCAGUCAAAGGGUCGAGCAGUGAUUGGCAACCAAUGUCAAGAAAUUGGGGACAGAACUGGCAAAGCAACUCUUUUCUUGAUGGACAAAGCAUCUCAUUCAAGGUCACCACUAGUGAUGGUCGAACCGUGGUCUGCAACAAUGCUAUACCUGCUGGCUGGUCCUAUGGCCAAACCUUCACUGGCGGACAAUUCACUUAAUUGAAUCACUAAUAUUCAGUUAUCAACUGCCAAUUAAAAUCAAUUCUAGGCUUUAUCAAUCAAUUAAUAUAUAUUCUAUAAGUGUUAUGUAUUAGUUUGGUAAAUGAAUUUUAUAGGUGAUGAGUCACUAGAGAUUGCAAUUUUCGUGUCAAAAAAGAAAAAAAAAAGAAAGAAAGAAAAAUGGGGGUAGGGCUUGUUUUAAAGGGUCUCUAACCAUUUUUCCUUAGUUGUGUCACAUGAAGUUUGUUUCUGUCUAGGUCUUUUUAGGAAGGCAGAAAUAGGGCAGUGGUAGGUUACGGUUCUAACCACCCGCCAAUUAAUACUUCAUGGUACUAUCUUUGGUUUGAUUGGUUUAAUGUCUUUGAGUUGAUUAAGGCAAUAGUAUUAAUUUUGAGUUCCAAACAGUAGAAAAAAGUGUUCGUUUGGGUGAAGUUAAUGUUAUUGUACUCAGCUAAAGCUGAUUUUUUUUUUUUGUGGUGGUGUUGCCUUCUGGUAAAGGCGUGGUUUUUGAUAGUAUCCGAUUCUAUCAGACUGUAAACCGUUAAUGUUGUCUGCUUGCUUUUCUGACAAUCGCCAUCAAUAAAAGGACUGGAGACCUUGGGUGUUGAACCUUAAA